AUGCCUCUGUAUGAUGUCCUAUCUGGUAUCGCGAAUCCGAUCUGCGGCAGCGACUCGCGGCUGCGGAUGGGAAUAAGAGGCCUUCUUCGGCCCAGGCACCCCAGAUCUGUCCGCGACAACUCGACCGUAUUCCCAUCGUUCGGAUCCGGCCAGGUACCAUCAAGGUGUACGGACGGGCUCGGUGCCUCUGUUGACAUAAUCGUUCCUUACUCGCUGUUGUUAUCACCCCGACGUCUUUGUCUCUUGCAUUUUCCAGACCUCAACUACUGCACCAACCAUAGUCCUUGCCGCAACGGAGGAACGUGCUUCAACACCGGUCAGGGCAGCUACACGUGCACUUGCCCGGACAACUUCACCGGGAAAGACUGCGAAGUCGAGUUGGACCAUUGCUCCAACAAGCCUUGCUUCAACGGUGGUACUUGCUUGAUACAGUGCAUCCAACCAAGGCGAAAGCCGGGAGUAAGAUUGCAUUUGUCGUCGGGGGAGGGUAAUCAAAUCGUGACGGAGGAAAAUGGUGCUCGUCGACGGCAAAUGACGACGCAAGUUCGGGUACCAAAAGGGUACGAGUCGGGGUUUGUUAGCGUUGCGUCAUGGUCGCCUGAAAAGGGUAACAGAGCCGUGAGGAAUUGGUCGCGGGGAACUGGCGCACAGAGGUCUGCAACCUCGGCUGAAACAAUGGCAGCGCGAACGCAUUCCUGGUAUUGA